AUGAUGGAGUUUUCUUCGACCGGUAACACGUCAUUUUCCGAGGAAACCUCAUGUGUUCAUCAUGACACGCCAAAGAAACUAGCCACGAUUAACUAUCAAGAGCAUCAUGAAGAAUUUCUCAAUAAAUUUCUCUCUUGGAAUGAUUGUGAACAGCUGAAAUUUGUGGAAAACCUUUUGAAAAAUAUGCAGAGUCAUCAACAUGGCCAAGUCAAUGCUUUCUUAUUACCCAUGUUACAACGAGAUUUUAUCGGACGUUUAUCAUCGUGUGGUUUAGAACAUUUAGCCGAGAAAAUUCUCGGUUAUUUAGAUGAUCGAUCAUUGAAAGCAACUGAACUUGUUUGUCGAGAAUGGUACCAUGUCAUCUCUCAAGGUAUGCUAUGGAAGAAGCUAAUCGAACGCAAAGUCCUAUCGGACAUUCUCUGGCGCGGGUUAUCACAACGGCGUGGGUGGAAUAAAUAUCUCUUUCGACAGAUUUCCCUGCAAAAAGAUGAACAGAAACGUGACGAAUUUUAUCGAUACUUGUAUCCUCGGAUACUUCGUGAUAUCGAUCAGCUGGAAAGCAAUUGGCGAACGGGAAAUUUUCAAUUAGAGAAAAUUCCGUGUCGAUCACAAAAUAGUAAAGGUGUUUACUGUUUACAAUAUGAUGAUGAGAAAAUUAUCAGCGGUCUGCGUGAUAAUACAAUCAAAAUUUGGGAUAGGAAAACACUCGAAUGCGUGAAAGUGUUAACAGGUCAUAACGGAAGUGUUCUCUGCUUACAAUAUGAUGAUAAAGUGAUUAUAACGGGCUCAUCAGAUUCAACAAUUCGAGUAUGGAAUGUCAAAACGGGAGAAUUACUAAAUACACUGCUACAUCAUUGCGAAGCGGUUCUUCAUCUGAGAUUUAUCGAUGGAACAAUGGUGACAUGUUCGAAAGAUCGGUCAAUUGCUGUUUGGCAAUUAAACUCACCAACUGAUAUUUCUAUUCGACGUGUACUCGUUGGUCACCGAGCAGCUGUCAAUGUGGUCGAUUUCGAUGAUAAAUAUAUCGUUAGUGCAAGCGGUGAUCGAACAAUUAAAGUUUGGAAUACAACAACAUGUGAAUUUGUUCGAACACUUCUUGGGCACAAACGAGGCAUUGCCUGUUUACAAUAUCGAGACAAAAUUGUUGUUAGUGGCUCAUCGGAUAACACGAUACGAAGUGAUGUUUGGGAUAUCGAGUGUGGUGCUUGUCUACGCGUGCUUGAAGGACAUGAUGAACUCGUACGUUGUAUUCGAUUCGAUUCCAAACGGAUCGUUUCAGGCGCGUAUGAUGGUAAAAUUAAAAUUUGGGAUCUGCAAGCUGCGUUGGAUCCACGUUCGCAACCAUCAGCAUUGUGUAUGAAAACAUUGACUGAACAUACAGGUCGAGUCUUUCGCCUGCAAUUCGAUGAAUUUCAAAUUGUUUCCAGUUCACACGAUGAUACCAUUCUUUGUUUUAAUUUUCUUCAACCUAAAGGUGUAGCACAAACACAGCUGACGAAUUUCUCGGCGACAGAUUCUCCACAAAAUGAAAUAUCGAAUGUUUUACAAACACAAGCUUCAGCUAUUUCCAUGGGAUCAUCAUCACUGGGUUCAGGAAUUUGA